AUGUUGUUUUGUCCACAACAGCUCGUCCGGGUCCGCCUCCAGGCGCUACUGUCGGCGCCAUGUAGAAGCCCCGGCUACUGGCAUCGGAGCUCGUGGACUCUGAAUACUCGACAUGCACUUCAACAUGCGUUGAAUCAUACCUCAACGAUCCAACAGCAAGGUGGAUAUGAACGGACAGCUGGAGACAUCACCACCGAAUCCUCGGAAAGCGAGCCCAAGCAAGAUGCAACCACAGGCAAUUCAGAUCAGGUCGCCAGCAGUUCUCGCCGAACUUACAAAAGUGUUGGUCCGCGGGGAGUGCCGAAAAUGACCGUCAAGAAGAUCCUAUUUCGCGAAGGCCUCAGAACAUCAUACGGAGCGACUGUACACCAACGACUCAACCACGAGAUACAGCGCGAGGGGAGAAAACUGAGUGAUAAAUCGAUCGCCAUAGCCACAAGCACGCGAGGGAAAUCGAUAUACAGCGCUCAACAGAGCAGCCUUAAAACGUGGCAGCGGGCCUAUGAAGAAGUUUACAAAGCCAAGCAUUACAAGCGCAAAAUCAACGACCCAAGCAUAAUACCAGUGCUGAACAAAACUGGGGAAGUUCUACUGGCAAAGAUUCAAGAAGAUUGCAGCGGAGCCUUUGCAAAAUUCUGGCAUACUAGUGAGCGGGAUGUCAAAGCUCGACACUGGCAAGCUUUGGCUUUCUGGUUGCUACAAAACGACGUCAAAUUGUUCCUGAAUUUUUUGAUCGUCACAAUGAAGGGCACGGAGAGACCGGACUUUACCAUGGUCACGGAUUGUCUUUUAUACGUGGACAACUUCUACUAUGAGGAAUUGAAAGAUUGGACAACAGGCCGUAACUCACAUGGGUACCCGUGGGUGAUCGAAUACUGCCUACGCCCGUCCACUUGGCCGGUAGUCUCGCCACCUCAAAAGGGUAUUCGGCUUUACAUUCGACGGGCUAGGCCCUAUGGUGUCCGCUUGGCCUUCCGCACGAUGAAAGCCAGGGGGAUACAGUCGAAACCGGAAACGCAGCUCUGUUUUGUGAAUCGGUUCACUCAGCUUGGAGAUGCUAAUAGGGCAUUAAGUGCUUUGAAGCUCCUUCCGCGGCUCAAGGACCCUGCCUUUACCAUGGACGCCCAAGGUGUUCUCCGACACUGCUGCAAGCUCUUGACCUUGGAUACUGUCGAAGACGGCGAAUCCGGGCGCAACUUCCGAAUCCUGCCAAAGCUUCUGGAGAUGGGUGUGCGGCCGGACCGAGACAUGAUGAACGUGGUGCUCGCCAACGCCUACAAAACCGGUGACCACGAACUUGGUGCCGAUAUGCUUCAGUUCAUGACGAGUCAGGACUAUACUUUUGACUCGUAUACCUACGUUACUCUUCUCACUAAUGCCGUUUUACGGGGCGACCAAGCUCGCACCCACGAGCUGAUCCGCGAGGUGGAUACGAAAGAAGAAAUUCGCAAGAACCCAUACGUCGCCAAUAAGAUCUUCCACGCCCAUUACGUUUUCACCGCCAAGCAUAUGGACGCCGACGUUGAUCCCUCUGGUGUCUUCUAUUCGAUGCUUGACAUGUACAACAAGCUUCACGACAUCACGCCCCUAAAAGAGCUCCUCAUCAUUCCCCCUCACUACAAGGCGCGGGAAGAAGGCGCAAACACGCCUCCCACACCUAUGGCACUGUACAUUAUGAUCGCAACCUACUUCCGCUGCGGCUCUCGUAUCUCGACUGUCCAACGCAUUUACUCGCGAUUUGCGGAGCUUGUCAAACAGGGGCAUCCCACCAUCGCCCCAUUGGCAGCGACCGAUCACACUUACAAUGAAUUUCUCAUUGCUCUGCGCAAAAGCUCGCGAGCUAUGCAUUCUUGCGUUCGGAUCGUGGAAGAUAUGCUCCAGCCCCGGGCCGACCUGGCUAUUGAGCAUGCUAAGCCGAGCUACCGCACCUGGGCCAUUCUACUGAGUGUUUUCCUCUGGCACCGGCGACCCGCUGCCGCCGAGAAGAUUAGGGAGAUGAUGGCAAAACACGAGGUCCCUUAUAAUGACGUGACCUGGAAUUUGAUCAUCAACGGUUACGCCAAUGCCCAGAAAGUGCAGGAGACCGCUGCUGCCAUGAAGGCCAUGGAAGCUCAAGGAUUUACUCUCGACUCCUACACUAUGAAGUCCCUGCGUUAUCUCCGUGACCCGGAACGUCUCUGGGUUGCCGUGGACGAACUUGAUCAUGCUGCUCAGGAAGCGGACUUUGCUGCCCGAUCCUCUACUGAACAGAGCCCUGCCGCUAUCGAGGACGCCCUCCGCGAUGAUUUGAUUGAGAAAGGUCUGCAGAAACUUGGGGACAAGAAUAAGGCCCAGGAUUGA